GUAAAUAGUUCUGGAAUUUUUUUUUAGUCAGUUCAGUGGAACAACAGGAGUAGCCGACAUCACGUCUUCUGGAGUUCCAAGUUUAUCAGAAAUUGGGAUAUUUCAAGAUGAUGAUCAUUUGGAUCUUAGCAAUCUGUGCAUCUGUAUCAGCUAAAUCAGAACCUUUCAAGGUCACUGUCAAGUUGGACAGCCUACCCUAUGAAGAUUCUGAAGACAAUGCUUACUUCAAAUUCAGCCUCUACGACGUUGAAAUCCUGCAGGAUUUGGAUAAGGACAUAGGAGUGACGAUCGACUACACCAUAUCCGAGAAAAAUGGUGGAAAAGUGGCGAGUGAAAGUCGAGUGAGACUGUGUCCAGACUACGAUGCUGAUGAGCAAGACAUCAGCGCCGUUGAAUUAUUCAAAGGUGCUUUGGACCUCCUGAACGAGCCAUGUACAAUAAAAAAGCAAAUUGUUACCCUCAAGCCGAAAUUCGAUAGUGAAUUAGUGAUUGAGAAUCUUACGGGAUCACCGUGCAACAAAAUGUUCACCGCCAAUGUGAAAGUAUUCCCACCAGGAUCAGCGAAGAAAAUCGUGAAGAUAAAAUAUAUCAUCACUCCUCAAUGCUGAGAGACACCAUCAAGACCCUGAAGCAUUUUUUUCCCAACGUGUCCAUCGUUCUUCAAAAAAAAUGGAGAAACGUCAACUUUAUCAUUUUUUCCAGAUGUUAAGAAUGUUUUCUCAGAGUUCAAUGUCAAGCUUCAAAGUCCAAACUAAUAUUUAAAUAAUAAAACAUUGCAAAGUGCUCGCA